GUCGCGUGGGUAUGUGGCUGGGUGGCCGCUGCUGCUUCCUGCUGGUUGCGCCCGGGCUCUUCAACGUCCGGCGCUUCGCGGGUCCUAGGACUCGGGGUAGCCUCAAGGGCCUGAUGGCAGAAACAGUUCUGACCGCGACCCAGGCUGCGAGCGGGCCGAAGGCUCCGGCUGAGCAGAACGGAAACGUGGGCGGCGACUUGAAGUGCGAGCAGAGUCCAGAGCAGCCGGAGCCGGCGGUGUCCGGAGCCGGGUCGGAGUCGGCUUCGGGGGAAGGGCAGCCGGCCCCGGCUGUGUCUCCCGGUCCCGCCAAGCCGAAGAAGCGGCGGGGCGGGGAGCGGGUCGUGCCGCCGCCAAAGAAGCGGCGGGCUGGGGUGAGCUUCAGCGACGAGCACUUCGCGGAGACCAGCUACUACUUCGAGGGCGGCCUGCGCAAAGUGCGGCCCUAUUAUUUUGACUUCCGGACCUACUGCAAAGGGCGUUGGGUGGGCCACAGCCUAAUGCACGUCUUCAGCACGGAAUUCCGUGCCCAGCCCCUGGCCUACUAUGAGGCCGCGGUUCGGGCCGGCCGCCUACACCUCAACGAGGAGCCGGUCCAGGACCUCAGCAUCGUGCUCAAGGACAAUGACUUCUUGCGGAACAGAGUGCACAGACAUGAGCCUCCUGUCACAGCAGAGCCUAUCCGCCUGCUAGCUGAGAAUGAAGACGUGGUGGUUGUAGAUAAGCCUUCCUCCAUUCCCGUCCACCCCUGUGGCCGCUUCAGACACAACACAGUCAUCUUCAUCCUGGGCAAGGAGCACCAACUUAAGGAGCUACACACCUUGCAUCGACUUGACCGCCUUACCUCAGGGGUCCUCAUGUUUGCCAAGACAGCUGCUGUCUCAGAGAGAAUUCAUGAGCAGGUUCGGGACCGGCAGCUAGAGAAGGAGUAUGUGUGCCGCGUGGAGGGAGAGUUCCCCUCUGACGAAGUGAUCUGCAAGGAGCCCAUUUUGGUGGUGUCUUACAAGGUAGGCGUGUGCCGUGUGGAUGCUCGGGGCAAGCCCUGCGAGACGGUGUUCCAGAGACUGAGCUACAACGGCCACUCCAGCGUGGUGCGGUGCCGGCCACUCACAGGACGCACCCACCAGAUCCGAGUCCACCUCCAGUUCCUGGGCCACCCCAUCCUCAAUGACCCCAUCUACAACUCAGCUGCGUGGGGCCCUUCCCGAGGCCGGGGUGGCCACAUUCCCAAGACAGAUGAGGAGCUGCUGCAGGCCCUGAUGGCAGAACACCAGGCGAAACAGAGCCUGGAUGUGCUAGACCUCUGUGAGGGCGACCUGCCCCCAGGACUCGCAGACUCUGCAGCUGCUUCUUCAGAGCUGGGCAAGGACCACCUCAGUGAGUUGACCCUUCCUGCUGAAAAAGUGGAGGGAACAGUGGAAACAGCCCCCCAGGAUCUGGACGCCGAGGCUUCAGCACCAGGGAAGGCAGCUGAAACGAGUGUUGGGAAUCAGGAGACAGACCCGCUCUGUGCAGAGUGCCGGCUGGUGCGACAGGACCCUUUGCCACAGGACCUUGUGAUGUUCCUGCAUGCCCUGUGCUAUAAGGGGCCAGACUUUGAGUACUUCUCUCCCAUGCCUGCCUGGGCACAGGAAGACUGGCGAGAGAGCUGAGGGCUUGAUCAAUGGAGACAUUGCUUUUGGGAGGGGAUGACGAUGGUUCAUGGGGUAGUUGCCGACCACAUGGUGGAUACUCAGUGUUUACAAGAAUGAAUGAGGUUGGCUCCAAGCAGACCUGCUCAUAUUUGAUAACUUUUCUUUCUCUCACUACAGCUAAAGUUUAGGGACUCUGGCUUUUAAAUAUAUCCUUUUGUUCUAUCA